AUGGGGGAGAAGUACAAGUUGCAAUCGCUGGGAAGUGAUGACAAGGUCCGAAGUGUUGCAUUUACCAAUGAGUCUGAGAUAACGAUAGGAAGUGGGCUUGAUGCAGAUGUGCGCCUGCAGCAUCCGUCUGUUGAGGAGAGCCAUGUGCUUGUGUACUUUGACCACAUGAAGAUCCGCGUGUUUGGGAACAACGUGUUUCUGAAUGAUGAAGCUCUUGAGAAGGAGUCUGUGUAUGCAUUUCGGUUUGGAGAUGUGCUGAAGAUAAACAGGUACAGGUUUGUGUUUUCUCUGACGGAGCCUGGGGACUUUGUUGAUGAAGACAAGAUUAUCAGAAAGCCGACGAUGGAGCUAAGCUACCUGAACCGAGGGGGGGAAGGGGGAGAGAAGAGAAGUUGCUCUGGGUCACCAAAGAAGAUCAGGGUUGAGAGGGAUAUGGAAGGAAAGGACGAUGUGACUGGAGAUGCGGUUGUUUCUAUUGCGCUGAACAAGGUCGGCGGGGUCAGUGUUUCUCUGUGUAAAGGAGAGGAGAUUGAGGAUGUGUCUUCUGUGAAGCAGGUUCUUGAGGAGCAAAAGGAAGUGCUUAAGAGGGAGAUCAAGGAGUCUAUUGAGCAAUGCGUGGUUGACACGCCUGUGCUCCCAUCGAUAGGGAAGAAGAAUCCCAGGGAUCUUGGAGAGGUGAUGAUAGAGAAGGAGAUUCUGGACAGCGCCGAAAGGAUGGUUGAGGAGAAGAUAAGGAACGAGUAUGUAGAGAUAUCUGAGGGCCUUGACGAGCUAAAACAGAAUGUCAAGGACAACAUCAAGGAGGAGCUGCGUGAAGAUCUGAAGAAGGACUUCAUGGAGGAUGUGAAGGAAGACAUCAGGGACGAGGUCAAGGAGGUUCUGUCAUCCAGCGAUAUGAAGAAUGCCAUUGCCACCGACGUGAUUGGCCGGAUCGAGGCAGGGAAGGAAGAGGGUGAUGAGGCUGGAAAGGAGAAGCCUGAUGAAAAGAGCGGAGGACGAAGAAGAAGGUCGAGCGCCAUGAGGCUUUUGCCACAGGAAGAUGCAGCAGCGACUCCCCGGAAGGCCUCGAUCAGAGGAAAGAAGCGCGCCUCCGAGGCCUCUGAGGGGACAAGCAAGAAAAGAAAGGGCGCCAAGAAGGCAGAGGAGAAAGCGAAGGAUGGGAGCCCGCAGUCUGGAAAGACGAAGAGGAAGGAAGGCAAGAGUGAGGAAUAA